UCCCAGGUGAUGGAGGAGCUGUCCGGUGCUGGAACCCCCGGGGUGCUGCCUACUGUGGCUGCAGCUGACCUCGAGGACGUGGUGGGUCUGUCCCUAGCUGUGGUCCAAGGCAGACUGCAGAAUUCGGCAAUGUUGUCUAAACUUGACGAGUAUUUUUUGCACCUCACUGAGUCCCAGCCUGAGGAUGUGGUCCAGUUAAUUAAAUCGAAUGUUUCAUUGUUUUCUGAUGUGCCCACGCAAACUAAUGUCCUUGAGCACGAUAUCGACGUGGGUGACGCUUCUCCGAUUAAGCAACAUGCUUAUCGGGUAAAUCCGGGGAAGCGUGCUCGCCUACAAAAACAGGUCGACUGUAUGCUGGAGAACGGCAUUGCCGAACAGAGCUCCAGCUCGUGGAGUUCACGGAAUAAAAAUCAGAGAAUCAUGCGCUGGUCGCUCGCGCUGCAAUCGUUUAAUCUAGAGGUUAAACAUAUUAGGGGUGAGAGAAAUGUUGUGGCGGAUGCGUUGUCACGUGUAUGUUGCGUGUAGGUUGGGGCGAACCUCCACGCAACAUCUUAUGGGGGGGUGUUACAUGUGGCUGGCUGCUGUGUCUCUCCUCGCUCUCUCUGAUCUCCCUCCUCCCUUUAUCUGUGUAAUUGCAGCACACCUGAGUGCUGUUAACACUUAGGGAGGAGGAGGGUAUUUAGGGAGGCAGGAGAGAGCAGCAGUCAGAGCAGAGAUUGGAGAACCUCCCAGCCACACGUCCUCCUGGACAAACGCGUGAGUGGUUUGGUUGUGUUUAUAAACUUUCCUUUUGUGAUUAACAUUGUGUUCUUUUCGUUUCAGGUACUUUGGCUAUUCCCUCCCCACGCAUGUUUAGAUUGCUGGGUUUUGUUGUUUUAGUUUGGCUGUAGUUGCUGGUAGUCCUAUUUUCGCUGUUUUCUUUUGUAGUAUUAAUUUUUGGUUAGGAAGUUUAGUACGGGGUGGUGACUGGUCCGAGAGCCCAUUGCAGGGUUAGCCACGUUCACCACCCCUCUUUUGUUUCUUUUGGCCAGCAGCUGCAGCCCUUUUACUUUCACCAUUAUUUUCAUCUUAGUUGAUUAACGUUAGUUGAAUUAAUUGUUAAUAAAGCUGGGUUUUUCCCUAUUCUCACGUUACCUGCUGUGCCUGUCUAGUUUAUAUGUUGCCGGUCUCUUUGUUUAUUCGAGCCUUGUCAACUUUAAAGAGGCCGUAACACUUGUCUCAAGUGUUUUUUUUGAAAUUACUCACUUUCAGAACUGCAGUUAAUACUAUGUACUAUCCAUGAAAAUUCAGUAGUGUGGAUUGAUGAAGAAAAUAGGACAUCUUUUGUUACAGAUACCUUCUAGUGUCACUCCUUUCCAUUGCCCAUUGUUUUUCAUAAUUCUCUUACUGUUUGUUGUUUGCAACUGUACACCAGAUGCCUUGUCUCUAACAUUUUGUUGUCUACCAGCCUCAAUGACUCCAUCACCAUUUGUAAUUAAUUAGCAACUAUAUGUAAUUAAUGAAUUAGCAACUACAUGCAAACUGACCACAUUUCUUUUUGUAUUUACAUACUGUCCCUUCCCAACUGUCUCACCAACUGUAUAAAAUGUUUUACUCAGUAAAUGUUCUGGGUCAACUUACCUUCACAGACUUUUAGCAAGCCCACUGUAUACUGGAAUACUAAUAAACACCCCACUACAGCAAACCUUGCAUGUGGACUUUUGAUAAAUUUCUUCAACAAUAGUUUAAUGAAGUCAACUAGACAGUGUAGGGAUGGAAAUGUACACUUUCAGUAUUAAAUCAUGCUGCCCUGGGUUGACAAAAGGUGCACUGUUUAACCUACUUAGACCGGGAGUCAACUAAUCUAACUUCUUUGACUCACAUCUUUGGUGAUAACACAAAAAUGGGAUGGGACUAAAUUCCACCAAUCCGAAUGUGGUGGGCUGGAGCUUGGAAUAAAACCAGGCAUCUGUGCGUUAAAGUCCCACUCCUCACUUCAUUCACCAACCACAACAUCUUUGAACAGGAACAUCAUUGAACAAGUUAUCUUUUGAUUGUAAACUGUGUGAAAAACAUGACCGAACUAUGGAUUAUUUCCAAACGCAGUUUACACUACUUCACCGUCUUAUUGAUACUGGCAGCUGCUCAAUUGCACAUUGUGCAGAGUUCAAGAACAGAUGCAAAGAAAUUCUCACCUACGUGAACGAUCUGCUCCUUUUUUUUUUUUUUGCCCUUGAAUCUCAGGUCUUUGGUGAUGACACAAAAAUGGGAUGGGACUAAAUUCCACCAAUCGGAUGUGGUGGGCUGGAGCUUGGUAUAAAACCAGGCUUCUGUGUAUUUCAGUUCCACUUCUCACUUCGUUCACCAGCCACAACAUCUUCUGUCUUCUGUCAGCUGUUGCACUUCACUCUGAAACCAUGGCCAAGGACAUGACUCUGCUGUGGGGCUCCGGCUCUCCUCCCUGCUGGAGGAUCCAGAUCAUGCUGGAGGAGAAGCAGCUGCAGGGCUACAACCAAAAACUGCUCUCCUUUGAGAAAAUGGAGCACAAGUCCCAGGAAGUCCUGGAUAUGAACCCCAGAGGACAGAUCCCGACCUUCAAAUGUGGGAACCAUAUCCUGAAUGAGUCCUACGCUGCCUGCUUUUUCCUGGAGAACCAGUACAAGUCUCAGGGAAACAAGCUGAUCCCCGACUCCCCCGAUGCACAAGCACUGAUGUACCAGCGCAUGUUUGAGGUUUUCACACUCGUCGAGAAAUUGGUGGAGAUUGUCCUUUACAACUACAAGGUCCCAGAGGGGGAGAGACACGACUCUGCUGUUCAGAGAAAUAAGGAGGCUCUGACAGCUGAGCUCAAGCUGUGGGAGGGAUACCUGAAAAAAACGGACUGUUGUCUGGCUGGAAAAGAAUUCACACUGGCUGAUGUGGUUUUUUUCCCAAGCGUUGCUUUUCUAUUCCGCCUUGGGUUAAGCAGUGAGCAUCACCCUGUACUGGCAAAAUACUACAACAGUCUGAAGGACAGAGCCAGCAUCAAAGCCACCUGGCCUCCUACCUGGCAGCUCACCCCCGGAUCAGACAUGAUGAAAAACAUCUGAGAUCCAAAUCCUCCUCAAUGGACACACAAACAGUUCCUGUUCUCAUUCGAUAUGUAACCACUGCUUGCAUUGCACUACUUUUUAUAAAACUACGCUUUGCUUCUGCUAUGAAGAGCAAUUUUCUGCAAAGUGUAAAAAGAGGAGAAACUCAAAUAUAAUCCAGUAAAAGAUAAAAGAAUGUUAACACUAAAUAACAUGUAUGAUUCAAUUUAUUUACAUGUGAGAAUAAAAAUCCCCACUGAUGCAGUUUAA